AUGACUGCGUUGCAUGAGGUUCAUUUAGCCUCAAGAAGAGCAGAAGAAGCAGCGUCAAGGCGAUUCCAAGCCGUGCAGUGGCUACAAUCUAUUGUUGGCCAACUCGGUAUCCCAAGUCAGCCAUCAGAGAAAGAGUUUGUUACUUGCUUGAGAAACGGUAUGAUACUAUGCAAUGCUAUCAACAAGAUUCACCCUGGAGCCGUCUCCAAGGUUGUUGAGAGCUACUCGCAUCUGGAGUCAUUUAACAGAGAUUAUCAACUCCCUCAAGCUUAUCAGUACUUUGAGAAUGUUCGGAACUUUCUUGUGGCUUUGGAACAGUUGAGGCUUCCUAGAUUCGAAGCUUCUGAUCUCGAAAAGGAUAAUAUAGAGUCUGGAUCAGUGAGCAAAGUUGUGGACUGUAUCUUAGGACUCAAGGCUUAUCAUGACUGCAAGAUGAGUAGUGGGUUCUACAAGCACAUCAAAACGUCACCGUUUCAGCUCUCUGCAACUAAGGUUAAUCAUCCACUUGGUUAUCCUAAAACGUCUAGGCAUUUGGAGAGAAACGAUUGCUCAGAUGGUGAAUCUGAUCAAUACAAAGUGAUAACCAAGUUGUGUGCCGAUCACAUUGUCAACUCCAAGGAAAAUUUUGAUGAGAAUCUAAUUUCAUUAGAGAAUAGCAGCGAGUCCAGCAAAAGUCUCCUACACAAGAGAAAAUGCAACCAUAAGCGUUUACUGAAAACACAAGAAAAUGAGCUUGCGGCUCUCAAGACUUUGUUUAUAGAAACGAAGCAGGAUUUUCAGGAAUUUCAGGCUCAUUUGCAAAGAGAUCUGAUGGAACUAGGAAAUCAGAUGCAAGAGAUGUCAUCAGCAGCUCAAGGAUAUUACAAAGUGGUGGAAGAGAACAGAAAGUUAUACAACAUGGUCCAAGAUCUCAAAGGAAAUAUAAGAGUGUUCUGCAGAGUUAGACCGAUCUUCAAUAGUGAAACGAAUGGAGUAAUAGAUUACAUAGGAAGAGAUGGCUCUUUGUUUGUUAUGGAUCCAUCUAAGCCUCAAAAAGAUGCUAGAAAAACAUUUCAGUUUAAUCAAGUGUUUGGUCCAACAGCAACUCAAGAUGAUGUAUUCAGAGAAACAAAGCCAUUAAUCAGAUCAGUGAUGGAUGGUUAUAAUGUCUGCAUUUUUGCUUAUGGACAAACAGGAUCAGGAAAGACAUACACCAUGAGUGGUCCUUCAGGCAGAUCAGCUACUCAAAUGGGGAUAAACUAUCUAGCUCUCAGUGAUCUCUUUCUGAUUUAUAUUAGAACUUGCUCCAGCGAGGAGGACGAUGGCUUGAGUCUUCCAGAUGCUACAAUGCAUUCUGUGCACUCUACCAUGGAUGUACUUCAGCUAAUGGAGGCUGGUGAGGUUAACAGGGCUGUUAGUUCCACGUCCAUGAACAAUAGAAGUAGUCGGUCUCACAGGUUCUCUUACAUAACUCAAAGCUACACACUGUCAGAAUCAAAUGAUCUAACUUCAUUGUCUUUUUUUUGUAGUAUUUUUAUGGUACAUGUACGUGGGAAAGACACAUCUGGAGGUACCAUCCGAAGUUGCUUGCAUCUGGUAGAUCUUGCAGGGAGUGAGAGAGUAGAUAAAUCAGAAGUUACAGGAGAUAGACUCAAGGAAGCACAGUAUAUAAACAAAUCUCUUUCUUGUCUUGGAGAUGUGAUAUCUGCUCUGGCUCAGAAGAAUGCUCACAUCCCAUACAGAAACAGCAAGCUGACUCUUCUACUACAAGACGCGUUAGGUGGUCAAGCCAAAACACUGAUGAUUGCUCACUUGAGUCCUGAGGAAGACUCUUUUGGAGAAACAAUCAGUACAUUAAAAUUUGCACAAAGAGUUUCGACUGUUGAACUUGGUGCUGCUCAUGCACACAAAGAGACUAGAGAGGUUAUGCAGCUCAAGGAGCAGAUUGAAACCCUGAAGAAGGCUCUAGGUAAUGAAGAAUGGAACAAGGAGAUAAAGUCUCCUUUAAGCAGACCCAUUGCAACAACAGAGAGAACUCCUCCACGUCUCAGAAGAUUAAGCAUAGAAAACUGUAGCAACACACUUAAAGACAGAAAAUGUAUGAAAUCACCUUUGUCACCUUUGGCUACUCGUAGUUUUCAAAUAUUGAGUAUGGAGGGUCUACAGUCCCGUAAAAAGGAAGAGAGUAGUAAAGGAGAUCUCACCAUGGAGGUGGAGCACCAGAUCAAGAAUCCACUGAGUCCUGUCAAUGUCAGAACAAGCAUUCCACAACUCCAGACACCUGUUAAAGUAGAGGAUUCAAGAAAUGAGAUGCAGUCUAUUUCUGUGGAUACUAGGACAAGUGGAAAAAGUUCACAUAUAAGGAAGUCUCUGAGGACAAUAGGAAAGCUGAUCAAUGGUUCAGAGAAGAGAAAGGAGAACAUUCCUGCAAAUCCACUCUCACCACUUGGUGUCUCGAAUAGCUUCAGCAGUGUGAAGUCGCCACAUACAAGCAACGCUAAGACACUGCGAAGGCAAUCACUCAUAGGACAAGAAAGAUACUCAAUAAGAGUAGAUCCAGUUGAGAAUGGUAUAAAAGGUUCAAGGAAUGCAAAGACACCUCCACCUGAACGUUCAUCAUCAAAGAUAGGGAACAAAAUGGCCUAG